AUGAGCCUGAUCAGCGAGGCGUUCAAGCUGCUCGCCGUCGACGACGACUACGACAAGGUGUACCGGGUGCUGCACGAGUACUUGCUGACGAUCAAGCACUACAACGACUUGAAGGCGUUCAAAGCGUGUCUCGUCGCCUUGAUCAACCUCGACCGCUACCAGGAAGCGUACAAAUUAAUUCGCCAACACUUGCCGCCGCAGUUUGCCGAUGAUUUGAUCCUCGAGAUUGCCUAUGUUUACUAUAAGUUGGGGCGUAACGCCGACCUUGCCAAGUUGACUCGUCCCACUGACCCCGUCGCCGCCCGCGGGUUCGACCACAUCGUCGCCCAGAGCGCCUACCGCGCCGGCGCCUACGGCGAAGCCGCGCGCAUCUACACCCAGAUCGCCGCCAGUGACACCCAAUACGAUUCCGCCGCCGACUUGAAAGUGAACCAGUUGGCGGUGCAGUCGCAGUUAUUGUUUACUGGCGCCGCUCCCGAUGCUGCCAGCGCUCAUAAUUCGAACCAACCCACUCACACUGAUGACGACGCGUUGGCCACUAACUACGACUACUUAUUCAACUGCGCCCUCAUCGACCUCGCCCACCGGCGCCGGCGCCCGGCGCUCGCGACGCUUGCGCGCGCCGCCGACUUGUGUCGCCGCGCCGGCGACGACGACGUCACCCCGAUCUUGGUCGCUAUCGGCUACAUCUACCAGCAAUUGGGUGAAUUGGAUAAGGCGCAGUCGCUGUACAUGGAAGCGCCGGCGCCCGACGACUACUACCAGUUUAUCGUCAAAAAUAACCUCGCGCUGGUAGCGCCUGAAUCUGUCUACGAUAACCCCAACUUGGUGGCACGUGACUUAAACUUCCAAGCCAACGGGCAAAAGCUUUCACAAAAGCUCACUCAAUUGCAACGGCAGACGAUGGCGCAGCUGGAUCGGGUGCUUAGCUACGUCGCCGGCGCCAACGGGGCGCUGACGGGGCUGGCAACCAGCGCCCUGAGCGAUAUCACGUUAGACGUGUUAGCUUUACUUGCCACCGCCAAAACCCUGAUGUCACAAUUAACUCAACAGCCGCGAGCCCCGGGGCGGCGUCUUUUACCCUACGCUGACCCUGAAUCGGUUACUACUACCAAUAAGCUGACGCCGCGCCAACAAACGGCGGCGCUUUUGCUUUUAGCCUACUUGGCGGCGCAACAAGAUAACUACGACCAAUUGCUUCCCGUGCUUGAGAAACUGGUCCAGGCGCAAAUUGCCUCCAACUCGCUCGUGCCUGCGGUUUUGGGGGUGUUACUCUCAGUGUACGAUAUCCAGAACCUGGCGCUGCUGUUUAAGAAACGCUGGCAAGUGGUUGGUCACGUGCUCACCCAGUUUAUUGAAGGUCAAUUAGAUCAAUUCCCCGUCAGUGCAGUGCAACAAGUAGCUCUUCAAGCGUUGACGGAGUCUAAAGACCACGUGAUCCAAGAUGCCGGGCGGACGGCGUUCUCUAAGCUUGCUGAAGCUUACCCUCAUGAUAAAGUGGUUCAGGCCGUGGUUGCGCUGCUGACGGAAGGUUUGGCUUCGGUGGACCUGCUUACUGAGCACACUGACGAUCUCGCUGAUCUUUUAGCUGCUCCUCUUGACAAGGUAUUGCCUGACCAAAAGAAGAAGUCUACCGUCACUACUAAUAAGGCGACCACCACUACUAAUAAAGUGACGAAACUGAAGAAGAAGACUCCCAAGUUUGGUCCUAAGAAGGUGUUGCAGAAAUCCAGUGACUAUACCGAUGCCGACCCGGAAAGAUGGAUGCCGAUGAAGAUGAGGCUGUACUAUAAGCCGACGAAGAAGGAUAAGAAGAAGAUGGGCGGCCACCAGGGCGCCUUGGAGAAGAAAAAGAAGAAGUAG